AGUGGUAUUUCCACACAAUAACGCACUGUAUUACAAUCUGGUCCACAGGGUAUGAUGAUAAAGAACAUGUCCUUCAAGGUCGGGCAGACCAUGACCAUCGUUGGAGUCCCCAAACCUGACGCUACAAAUUUUGCAGUGAAUAUUGGCCCCAACGAGAAGGAUAUUACGAUGCAUAUCAACGCUCGUUUUAACGCCCACGGGGACGAGAAUGCGAUGGUCUGCAACUCAUACCAGGACGGCAUCUGGUGUGAGGAGCACCGAGAGGGAGGCUUUCCCUUCUCUCUGGGAGAGGAGUUUAAGGUGAGAGGUUGUUUGUGUGUGUGGUAUGUCCCAUGUCUAUUUAUGUCCUUUCUGUGAGUGACCUCUGUUGGA